GACUGCGGCGGCCCGAUAGAGCUGGGGCGCUGGCAGGUGGUGCUGCAGGAGCCUGCGCUGGCGGGCGAUGCCGGCGUGGCCCUGGCAGCGGCGGGCCACGACUGGCGGGCGCUGCAGUUCGCCUCCCAGGCGCUGCUCGGCGACCGCGGCUUCGUGCUGGAGGCGCUCCGCUGCGGCGGCCUGGCGCUGCAGUUCGCCUCCGCGCCCCUGCGGGCCGACGCGCACGUGGUGCUCGAAGCGGUGAGGCGGGACGGGCGCGCGCUGGAGUUCGCC